AAGUGGUCCAAGGGGAAAGUGAGAGACAAGUUGAACAACCUUGUGCUGUUUGACAAGGCCACCUAUGACAAACUGUGCAAAGAAGUGCCCAACUACAAGCUCAUCACGCCUGCAGUUGUCUCGGAGAGGCUGAAGAUCCGAGGCUCCCUGGCUAGGGCUGCCCUCCAGGAGCUGCUCAGCAAAGGUUUGAUCAAACUGGUGUCCAAGCAUCGAGCCCAAGUAAUCUACACCAGAAACACGAAGGGUGGAGACGCGCCGGCCGCAGGGGAGGAUGCGUGA